CAGUUUGCUUUAAAAAUAAUAAAUCUAGCAGAUAUCAAAAAAGAUGAGCGAGAGGUUCUGAAUAUUUUAAGAGAAAUUUGUAUUUUGGCCAGCAUAACCCAUGAUAAUGUUAUCCAAUAUUCCGAUUCCUGGCAAACUACAGACAAUGUAUAUAUAGUCACAGAAUACUACGAAAACCUAGACUUAUGGACAUAUGUAAAACGAAAUGGGACACCUUCAGAACCACAACUUAUUGAAUGGAUUCGUCAACUAGCCUCUGCUUUAAAGCAUCUUCAAGAGAGAAACAUUUUUCAUCGAAAUGUAACACCCCAGAAUGUUAUGGUUUCUAAAGACUUAACGUUGAAAUUGGGCGACUUUGGUACUGCAAAGCAGUUAACUGAUGGUGAUGUGACCAACACAGUAAUAGGAACGCCGUAUUAUAUGAGUCCAGAAAUGUUACGCCAAGAACCUUAUAGUGGAAAGGCAGAUAUAUGGAGUAUGGGUUGUUUGUGUUAUGCUUUGAUGACUGGUAGUGUGUUACAUGAGGGCAAAUCGAUCGAAGCUUUGAGGAGAUCUUCCAGAAUUGGAACAAAUCUGGACAAUCUUAGAAGUUGCAAAAUCUGGUCUGAUGAUUUAAAAGUGCUGGCAAUUCAAAUGUUAUCCCACGAACCAUCAGAAAGACCGACAGUCGAAACAAUUUUA